AUUUCGAUAGUUUUAGCGAUUCCAUUGGAUAGAUGAAUUGAUUGUGUAAUCAGGAAAUUAUAAAAAUGUUCGAACAUACAUAGAAUGAAAUAGUAUCGACGAAAGAAAAAAAUAAAACGAGAUGAGGAAUCUCGUUCUCUCUCUCUCCUGUUUACUUUCGAGGACCGGUAAAGAUGAUAAAAGGCCGAGAAGAAGACGAGAGAAUUCAUAGUCGUUCUUUGGUAAUCGUUAAGGAAAGUUCGCGUGUUUCGAAGAAGCUCCAAUGGCCGCCACGUAUCAUCCGAUCAUCCAUUUGCUCAUCGCCUACGGCUUUUUUGCCGUCGCAUUAUGUGCCAAUCAGUAUCAGUCAUAUUCAAAAACUCAACAAUCAAAUCGUCUUGUACCACUGUCAACUAGACAAGUUUCACAAGGAUCGUGCCCAGAAAAGAACGGACGUUUCCCGGUUCAAUCUCAAUGCGACGCAUACAUCGAAUGUAUCGAUGGUGUUGCAGAAGAGAAACUUUGCCCGGAAGGCUUAGUCUUCAAUCCCGAUGCACGAUUCAAUUAUCCUUGUGGAUAUCCCAUCGACGUUGAUUGCGAAAGCAGACCAAACAGACAACCAGCACAACCAACCGAGGAUUGUCCACAUCAAUAUGGAUAUUUCAAAGUUGGUGAUCACACUAAUUGUGGACAAUUUAUGAAUUGUGCCGAUGGUAGAGGAUACAUUUUCGAUUGUCCUGAAGGAUUAGCUUUUAAUCCAGAAUCAUAUCGAUGCGAUUGGCCUGAUCAAGUACCAGAUUGCGAUGCUGAAGCUUUCCUUGGUUUUCGAUGUCCCGAAGUUAAAGAAAAUUCAUUUUUGAGUGGUGAAAUAAGAUUUUAUCGUAGUACUCACGAUUGUCAGCAUUAUUAUAUAUGUGUUAAUGGCCGUCCACGUUUGUUAAACUGCGGAGAAGGAAAUGCAUUUAAUGAACUUAUUGAUGCCUGUGAUGCUGCAGAAAAUGUUACCGGAUGCGCCCCAGAAGCCACUAAUUUAAUUUCACCUAAUAUCCAACCAACAAGAUUGUUCUGAAACUGACAAUUAAUUUCAUUCUCUAUUGAACAGACUGUAUCAGAAUGUGAACAUUAUUAAAUGUUCAAUUUAAUGUACAAUACUAAAAGAACAAAAAAAUAAUUCAUAGAUAAUAUGUAGAUAAGAUUGAAGAUAUCUUAAUGUUAAUGAAAAUACGUACUAUUGCAACAUAAUAAUGUUAAUUAAUAUUUAUUUUU